AUGGCAAGCCGAUACAACAGAGGUCGACAUUCAGGAAGGGUCUACGAUAUUAACAUUUCCACUGCGGAUAUGUCAAGAAAAAUGAAGGAGUUCAUUAUUGAACAGGUGGUUGAAUGUCUGAAUAAUGGAUGGCAUCCAAAGAACAUGUGCCGGUUUAUUCGAGAAAGAUGCAAUGAGAGAUAUGGACCUUCCUGGGAUUACAGUGGAACUCCAGACGACUCAGGUUCAUGUGAUUCUCAAACCGAACUCACAACCGAGGACUUUGUCAAAGCAGAACAAAAGAAUGAAGGAGGGAAUGCGGUUGGCAAUGAGGCCUCUGAAAAGAAGAAUGACGCACUGUCUAAUCCCCCCGAGAAUCAGCCCGAUUUUACCGAGUUUGACUUUGAUACAGAGACGCUGUCUUCUUCAUCAUUGCCCCAAGCCCAACGUCCACUCGGUAGUUCUGCUAGGCCAGUUCGUGAGAGGCGGGUUGCGCGUCUGGAUAAGAUACUUCAAGAAGAUCGCAACCUCAGGCGCAUUGAAGAACAGAUGAGACAAGCAGCUGAAGCAGCUAAGAGACAACAGCAACUUCAACAGGAGACCCAACCGGCUGAGGAAAAAUCUAGUGAACCGCCACUACAAGAAGUUCAUCAAACUGAGCAGAAUGUGAGCAAUGUAAAGAAUGAGAAUCCUACCACUUCGGACUUACCUGGACAAGUUGAGCAUAUGAGUAUUAAUGCUGCAGAAGAAGCGGCGAUAUGA